AUGCAGUCGCUAAAGACACCUCAAGCCUCGGACUCGGACGUUUCUCCAUCGUCGACAGCGGCGCCAAAGGAGUCUCAAGAAGGCUACUUUCCCCCAUCCGAUGCCAGUGGCAGCCAGAACUCGGUGCCUCUGGCCUCUAGUGCAAGUGACACUUCGUCGCGUCGGCACUCGAGCAUUAGCUUUGCUACAGAGCUGGCAAAGCCCGGCGGAGCACCGUUAAGUAAGACUAUAUCAGCCUCGUCUAUAGGCAAGCGGAAGGCUCUUGGCAUUCAAAAACGACCUUCGGACGGCGCCAAGGGACGAGCUCCAUCGCCUCCUCACAGCAGGUAA